GAUUGGUUCCGCAGUGAGCGCUCCACUUCCUCAUCGGUGAGCCCACAGAGAGAAGCUGGCUAAUACUGGAGCUGCUGUUACUGCUGCAUCGACGUUGCCCUUACCACAUGAUGACUACACUUUCACAGACCAAGGAGCUCUUCAGGAGAGCAGACGCUGUCUGUUUCGAUGUGGACAGCACCGUCAUCAAAGAGGAAGGCAUUGAUGAACUGGCCAAAUUCUGUGGUGUGGGGGAUGCAGUCACUGAAAUGACUCGCAAAGCUAUGGGCGGCUCAAUGACUUUUAAAACAGCCCUGACUGAGCGUCUUUCCAUCAUCCGAUGUUCCAGAGAACAAGUGAACAAACUGAUAACAGACCACCCACCUCAGCUGACUCCAGGUAUCAGGGAGCUUGUGGACCGUCUGCACCAGCGCAACAUAAAGGUGUUCCUCAUUUCAGGGGGCUUCCGCUGCAUUGUUGAACAUGUGGCCACUCAGCUAAACAUUCCUCUGCAUCACGUCUAUGCCAACCGGCUCAAGUUCUACUUCACUGGAGAGUAUGCUGGUUUUGAUGAGAGCCAGCCCACAGCUGAGAGUGGUGGAAAAGGAAAGGUCAUCAGCAUGCUGAAGGAACAGUAUGGCUUCAAGACUGUUGUGAUGAUCGGAGAUGGAGCCACUGAUCUAGAGGCCUGCCCUCCUGCUAGUGCUUUCAUUGGAUUUGGUGGGAACGUUGUGAGGCCGCAGGUAAAGGAGAGGUGUUCGUGGUACGUUACAAGUUUUGGGGAGCUACUAAAAGAAAUGGAGAAGAUCUAAAGAUGCUAAAAGAAUAGUAACUACUAAUUUUAACAUUUUAUAUUUGCACCUAAGGGUGUGACUCUGAUAGUUUUAUCCAGAGCACAUUUUUCCAUAGACUUUUAGAUUUUUAUAAUGAAAAAUGUUUACACUAGUGACACCAAUUUUACCUUCAUGGGGAUGUUGCCUUAUUGAUUUUUUUAUACUAGAAGAUACUACAAGAAUAACCAAACACUGUCUAUGUGGAGGGUUAAGAAGAAGAUUUUAGUGUUUUUGCACUUUUUGCAUCAAAGCCUUUAGGUAAUCUAAUACAGCUCCUGCAUAUAAUGGCAUGUGCAAUGAGCAUUAGAAAUGUUUUAAUUUUGUAUAGGUACUAAGAACUGUAACCAGAUGUGUCAGUGAGUGUGGUGACUUCAGUCCCGUGAAGAACGUCAGCAUUAAAAAUAAAAACGUGCUGCCAAAGA